GGACCCGGCUGGAGGUCAUGGCCACCCUGGAGGGCUGCCGCUGUCGGGGUGCCAGCGCCCGGACCACCAGCAGCAUUCUCUACAGCAUUCUGAAGAGCGACAGCCUCGUGACCCCCGAGGAGCAGCAGCAGCACGCCCAGCAUCAAACACUGCACCUCCUGCUCCACAAGACCCCCUCCUCCUCCUCCUCUUCCUCCUCCUGCUCCUCCUCCUCCUCCGCGCCCCCAGCCUCGCUGCAGGAGCUCCGGCAGCAGCAGCAGCAGGCCUGCUCCUGCGGCUCCACGCGGCGCCGGGGGGUCCUGCGCUCCCCCCAGGUCACAUGCAAAGCCGCGUCCGCCGUGCUGGUCAAGACGCUGCGCUUCGUGAAGAACGUGCCGUGCUUCCGCGAGCUGCCGGAGGACGACCAGCUGCUGCUCAUCCGGAGCGGCUGGGCGCCCCUGCUCGUGCUGGGACUCGCGCAGGACCGCGUGGACUUUGAGACCACGGAGACGGUGGAGCCCAGCAUGUUGCAGCGCAUCCUCACGGGUCAGCCCGAGCGGCAGAGCGAGGCGCACCAGAGCCGCGCCGCGCCCGGGGUGUCCGUGGUGGACAUCGAGGCCAUCAAAGCUUUCCUGAAGAAGUGCUGGAGUGUCGACAUCAGCACCAAGGAGUACGCGUACCUGAAGGGAGCGGUGCUGUUCAAUCCAGAUCUGGAGGGUUUGCAUUGUCUGCACUACAUCCAGUCGCUGCGUCGGGAGGCGCACCAGGCUCUAAACGAACACGUCCGGCUGAUCCACCGUGAAGACACGACGCGCUUCGCCAAGCUGCUCAUUGCCCUGUCCAUGCUGAGGGCCGUCAGCCCCUCGGUGGUCGCCCAGCUCUUCUUCAGGCCCAUCAUUGGAGCGGUGAACAUCGAGGAGGUGCUCAUGGAGAUGUUCUACGGGAAGUAGGCCACAGCCUCCCAGAGAGGGAUGAAUCCAGCAGGUUUUAAUCUGUUCAGGAGGACUGAAGAUGCUCUGAACUGAGCGGAGGAGAGGAGGACUUCAUGGAUUGUGAAGGGACCAACACAAGCAAGCCCAAGUGUGUGUGUGUAUGUGCGUAUGUGAGAUAGAGAAUGAUGAAGGUAAAAUAUGUUAUUAUAGAGGAAUAAUA